GUGAUAAGCAACAAAGCAACGUUUAAUAUUUCAAUAAUGACUUUAAAAUGGAAUGAAAAAUUAGAUAGGUCCAAUCGAAAGCAUUAUUUAGUACUGUUUCUACUAUUAUUCUUGCUUAUAUUUACUCUCGCAUUCGAGCUAGUCGGCGUUUAUAACCAAAAUCAGACCAGUUCUGUUCAAAUAAUAUACGUGGAAAGUGAUAAACCGGCUGUAUUUAAGACUGAUCCAAGAUUCUUGAGCUUAGGACUCGAUGCCAUAGUAAUAGCGAACGGGUUCCGAAGGUUCAACAUGUCCGAUCCGAGAUUAAUAAAGAUGAUCAAGUACCUCGGACCGGGCUACCUCAGAAUCGGAGGGAACUUACAGGAACGAAUCAAAUUCUCGCUAUUGAACGAUACAAACGAAUAUUUACAAGAUGAUAACAUUGCAUUGGACUUGGUACCCAAUAUAACAUUAACUGCAUCGAACUGGUUAAAGCUGAACAAACUAGCUAGUAGCGCAAACAUGGAAAUAUUUUACGGCCUUAACGCCCUACAGAGAUUCCCCAACGGGUCCUGGGACCCCAGAAACGCCGAAAUCAUGAUAAAAUACACCACCGACCACGGUUUCAAAGUCAACUGGGAAUUAGGAAACGAACCUAAUUCAUUCAGGCACAAAUUCAACGAAGCCGUCAAUGCCACACAAAUGUCCAAGGAUUUCGUCGUGUUAAGAUCGAUUUUGAACAAAUACUCCAAGUACAAUCGAUCGAUGCUAGUCGGGCCAGACACGACGAGACCCCAGAGGAACCCCGAAAGCCAAAUUUACCUCGAACAGUUCAUUAAAAGAGGCAGUUUCGAAGUGGACAAAAUUACUUGGCAUCAAUAUUACGUGAACGGUCACAACACGAGCGCAGAGGAAUUUCUGGAUCCGAAAAUUUACGAUCUACUGAAAUUUCAAAUCGACAGAGUCAAAGAGAUUACAAACAAAACUCACAGGGCUAUUUGGCUGGGAGAAACGUCUUCAGCUUAUGGCGGGGGAGCCCCGGAACUCUCCGAUAGAUUCACCAGCGUUUUCAUGUGGCUGGAUAAGCUCGGACUGGCGGCCAAAUUGGGGGUCGAGCUGGUUAUGAGACAAUCGAUUUUCCACGGGAAUUACUCGUUGUUGGACGAUUUUUACAAUCCCAAUCCAGAUUGGUGGGUCAGUUUGAUAUACAAGCGAUACGUCGGGCAAGUGGUUGUUCCUAUUUACAACGUUACAACUGAUAGAGUCAGAUUGUAUGCCCACUGUUCGAAGAAUAUAGUCCAAAAAGGCAUCACCAUUUUCGGUUUUAACGUCGACCACAGCCCUGCUAACGUAGAAUUGCAGGGACUGCGUAACUUAGAUGGACGAGUUCCUCCUUACGUGGAAGAAUUUUUGUUACAAACGAAUUAUUUAACUUCGAAAAACGUGUUUUGCAACGGCAGACUUCUAGCAAUGCUUCCUGGAAAUCAGUUACCGAAUAUAUUUGGUGUUAUAAAAAAUAUUUCACCUUACCUCACCUUACCUCCAUUUUCCGUCGUGUUUUGGAAUAUACCAAAUGUUAGAGUUAAAGCUUGUAUGUAGUGCUAAAG